AAGUGCGCGUAGCCGCGGAGCGAUGGAGGUCUACGCCGGUAAUUGUAGGCGCGGCGAAGAUGCCUCGGCCGUGCCUUUUCCAUUUGCCGUGGCAGCCAGCGUCGAAGCAUCUUAUACCGUUCGUCCUCGUGGGCAUUCCAAGCGGGAAUUCUCGAAAGCCAGUUGUGCCGUAGAAACACGCGCGUCGCCGCCUGCCGUCGCCGCCGCUCGCCUUGCGACUUUCGAGUGCUCGUAAAACCGCCGUUUUCUCGGCACCGCGGACUCCGCUUUCGUGUGCGCCGAAUUUUCUCGCGAGCGGACCACCGGCGACCACGGAAGUGCCCCGGCUGCUCGACCCGGAGGAUCCCCAGGUUCGAAGGUCAAAUUCCGAUUGAAUAUCGGCCGGGAGGAUGGACGCCGAGACCGGGGCCAUUUUGGCCCUGCAAAUAUUGGCUCUCUGUUCGAUUGUCGCCGCGCUGUUGGCCUAUCUGAUGCGGCAAUCGAGGAACGCCACCGACGAGUACGAGUCCCGUAACAAACGCCACGUGCUCGUUACCAGCUGCGAUACCUGCGUGGGCUUGCAGAUCGCCCUUGCGCUCUACGAAGUUGGCUACAAGGUGUUCGCGGGCAUGCUCGAUCCCUCGGGCAGUUCGCCGUCCAUCAAGAUCUUGCGGGCGAUGGAGCAGCAGAAGGACAGAGAGGAGGAUCCGUCGGACCCGACGCAAGGCAAUCCGCAGGAUCCGGAAGUACGUGCUCGCGGCCAAAUCGUGCCAUUGGAGCUGGACCCGACGAGGGAGGACAGUUUACGGGCUUGUUUGGACGCAGUUAGAGCGAAACUUCCGGCCGGCGAAGACGGUCUCUGGGCAGUCGUGCAUACUGGCGGUCAGGCUCUUCCCGGUGUUAUUGAGAGGCAGCCGAGUUCCGCGUGGGAAUCCAUGUUGCGACACAACUUGGUAGCGCCGCUCAGGACCGCCAGGGUUUUCAUUCCGCUGCUGCGCGCGAAAAGAGGUCGCAUCGUUCUUCUGGGGGAUUCGGCGGCCAGCUAUGGCACCAAAGCCGGGACCGGUCUGGUGGCGUACAGCGCUUCCCGGAAGGCGGUGGAGGGUGCCGCGGAGGCAUUAAAGAGCGAGCUACAGUCCUCGGGAGUCGACGUCGUUCUUCUUAAACCGCCGCCCGUGAAUCCUCUUAUUCUUUAUAGCGCGCCGGUUCUCAAGACGUCCGACGUGGAAUCUGGGAUCUUCUCGUCGGAAGGCACCUGGACGGCGCCCGUGUCGACCCACUCGAUCCAGAACUCGCUGAUACCGGCGUUGACGUCGGCCUGCCCCCGCGGUUCCUACGACAUGGCCGCUAAAUCGAGACUGUUCUGCCGAUGAGAGAACCGGUCGCUAAUGAUGCCCGGCACACACGCAGCGUCGCGCGCAAGACUUAAUUGAUAGCGUGUUAGGUUACACGACAGCCAGUAAUACUUUGUAAGACUAAUGGAGCCUUGUUAACUUUGCGUUAAUUAAUCCUCGUCGUCUGCGCGAGUCGAUGAACGUUACGGGACCUCCGCGAGACCAUUAAGACCGUGUCGUUCGGCCGCGGCUUCGUCCUGGAUAGCUUCUUCUUCGCGUGCAAGCCGAUAUGCGCGCGGAAUACAGUAAUGUCUCGAUAAUUGACGCUCGGAUUGGCCAGAAAAAUGGACGGUUUUGGGGAGAGGAGGUGCGAUUGUUCGAGCCUUGCGGUUUAUUUUCAUAGUUAGGAAUUGUCAACGAUUCUGAAAAUAAGUCGCGAGGCUCGAAUAAUCGUAUCUCCUCUUCGCAAAUUGUCCAUUUUUCUGGAUAAUUUGAGCGUCGAUUAGAGAGACGUUACUGUACAUAGCUCGAGGUGCUAAGGAUUUGUGUACAGUUUUGUAAUUAAUAUGUAACUCUCACUAAACUUUGUAACGGAGA